AUGCAUAUCCUCCAGCAGUACAACACAAGCAGAGCUGAAGAGCUGAAAGUGCGGAUUGAAAAAAAACAGCAGAACAUUGAGAGAUUAGACAAAAUAAAGAACACCCUAAACGACAGAGUCAGGCAGCUAAAAGAAGAAAUCGCAAUAAUACAAGAGCCAUCCUGCACUGUUGGUGAAGUAUCCAAGAAAAUGGGAAAAAACAUUAUUCUAGUGAAAACAACCACUGAAGGAAAGCACUUGGUGCAGGUUGAGCCGCAAGUUGAUUACGACAGCCUUAAGCCAGGAAUGCGCGUGGCCCUAAGAGGAGACACGUACGCCCUGUAUAAAAUACUUCCUUCAAAGGUCGAUCCGAUUAUUUCUCUCAUGAUGGUUGAAAAGUCCCCAGAUUCAACGUAUGACAUGAUAGGAGGACUGAGUGAUCAGAUAAAAGAGGUGAAGGAAGUGAUAGAGCUCCCUAUUAAGCACCCAGAACUAUUUGAGUCUCUUGGAAUUGCCCAGCCAAAAGGGGUUCUUUUGUACGGCCCGCCAGGAACUGGAAAGACCCUUCUGGCACGAGCAGUUGCACACCACACGCAGUGCCGGUUCAUUCGAGUUUCUGGCUCUGAGCUGGUGCAAAAGUACAUUGGAGAAGGCUCCCGUCUUGUGAGGGAGCUAUUUGUCAUGGCCAGAGAGCACGCUCCAUCAAUUAUCUUCAUGGACGAAAUUGACUCGAUUGGGUCUGUAAGAAUGGAGGGCUCAAACGGAAGCAGUGAAGUGCAGCGCACCAUGUUGGAGCUUCUCAAUCAGCUGGACGGUUUUGAGGCUCACCAAAAUAUAAAAGUCAUUAUGGCGACAAACAGAAUAGACAUCCUGGACUCGGCACUGCUGCGACCAGGAAGAAUCGAUAGAAAGAUUGAAUUCCCAGCUCCAAAAGAGGAGGCCCGCCUGGAAAUACUUAAAAUUCACUCCAGGAAAAUGAACCUCACAAAAAACAUCGAUCUAGCAAAGAUAUCUGAAAAGCUAGUUGGCGCAAGUGGGGCAGAAGUGAAAGGAGUCUGCACAGAGGCAGGUAUGUUUGCACUGCGUGAAAGAAGAACCCACAUAACAAAGGAUGACUUUGAAAUGGCAGUUGCAAAAGUGAUGAAAAAGACAUCAGACCCAAACACUGACCUAAGAAAACUCCUGAAAUAA